AUGUACGCCGUCGAGGACAGGUCCCAUCCAGUGCCACCGCCGCCUCCUCCUCUCUCUAUGGAUCGUAUCCCUCCUCCCUCCUCUGCGUAUCCGACCCCAGGUUCAGCCGGCCCGCUGCGAUCUGCGGACCACCUGGCCACGGUUUCAACCAUCCACGAUGGCCGCAUCUGGUCCCUGCAAGUGGUCCAGCAACCGAUUCGCGCUCGAAUGUGUGGCUUUGGCGAUAAGGAUCGAAGACCCAUCACUCCUCCCCCCUGCAUCCGCUUGAUCGUAAGAGAUGCGCAGACGGAGAAAGAGAUUGAUAUUAACGAGAUCGAUACAUCUUUCUACGUGCUCACAGUGGAUUUGUGGAACGCAGAUGGAACAAGCGAAGUGAAUCUGGUCAAACAUUCGGCUACCUCUCCCUCGAUAUCCACUGCAAUGUCCUCCUCAUACCCGCCACCGCCGCAGAACUUGUCCCCUACUUAUCCCGCCUUUGCGCAGAAUCCCUAUGGUCAGACAGUCGGAUACCCUCAGAUGAACAAUUAUUACGGCGGGAAUCCUCAGCUGGCAUAUCAGAACCCAUAUGGUGCCAAUCCCCAGGCUGGUUACUACCCUCCUUACUAUGGGGGAGGCCAGAUGCCUCCGGCUGGCAUGUCGCCCGCUGCGCAGCCAGUCACCGCGGGCCCUGGCGGCAUGUUCACGCGCAACCUGAUCGGAAGUCUCAGCGCCAGUGCCUUCAGGCUCACCGAUCCAGACAACAAGAUUGGUGUGUGGUUUAUUCUGCAGGAUCUGAGUGUGCGGACAGAAGGGACAUUCCGUCUCAAAAUGAGCUUUGUCAAUGUGGGUACGCAUUCCGGUGACUCUAACAACAAUACUCCUGUGAUCAAUCACGGUUCUGCCCCCGUCCUGGCUUCCGUCUUUUCCGAGCCAUUCCAAGUCUUCUCCGCCAAAAAGUUCCCGGGUGUCAUCGAGAGCACGCAGCUGAGCAAGUGCUUCGCUCUUCAGGGAAUCAAAAUCCCUAUUCGCAAGGACGGUGUCAGAGGGCCCCGUGGACGUGGGGGUGACGGAGAUGACGAUGGAGACGAUUAUGAGUGA